AUGGAAAAUUUUACACCGAAUUUUCAUCAAAUUUUAUCGGAUAACAAAGUCAUGGAUGAAGGGUUCCCACCUACCACUUCGACUAUCAUUGGAUCUUUAAGAAAUGAAAUGGCAGUAGUUCCUGAUAAUUCCAUCAUGAGUUAUGCGACUUCCGAUCUUCCUAUUAAUAGUCCAAGUAAUGUCAAUAAUAAUAAUAUUAUUACAUCAACAACAGCAAGCGGUAGCAAUAGUUUAGCAUCAGCAAUAAAUUCUACUGCCACUACCGCAACAAGUAAUAUGACAGAGUUUACAAAAAGAAAGAAUUGGUCACAAAAAAUUAUUGAAGAAUUAAAAGAUUUCUUGCAUGUUAUUUCACCAACAGGAAAACUAAUGUAUUGUUCACCCUCAUCAACUGAAUUGGUAGGAUAUUCACCUGAAGAAUUGGUAAACCAUUCAAUUACAGAAUUUAUUCAUGUUGACGAUAUAGAUAUGUUUGUAAGAGAUUUCCAAAUUGCCAUACAAAACAGAACAAGCUUUACAAUUUAUUACAGAUUUCGUAAGAAAGAUGAAAAAUAUAUUACCCUUGAGGUUAAAGGGCACCCUUAUUUUGGUGAAAAUGAUAUUACUGGCCAAUGUAAAUGUUUUUUUAGUAUGGGUAGACCAUAUCCAUCUAAAACCACAGCAAUGAUAGAUUCAUUUUUGGAAUUAAAAGUGGAAAAUGAAAAUUUACGUCGUCAAUUAAGAGAAUUAAUUGAAGAGAAGUCAGUGGCAGAUGAUAUUCUUGUAAGCACAAAUAAUUCGUUAGAAUUAUUAACUGGGUUAAGGUACCAGGAGGGUGAGCGUGCUAUGGGAAUUUCUAAUGGCUCAAAUAAUCCACGUUUACUAAAUGAAGAUUUAAUGGAAUCAGAUACUUUAGCCACUUCUUUAUCUGCUAGAAACGACCAAACUUCUAAAACUCCGGACGUUACUACUACGAAUCAAGCUUCUUCAAGACCAAGAAAAAAGAAAAAGCAAAAGGUCGAAGAAGAAGAGUAUGUGUGUACAGACUGUGGGACAGUUGAAUCACCUGAAUGGAGAAAAGGUCCAUUGGGCCCAAAAACCUCUAAUUAA